GCAGAGAGAAUGAGGUCACCCUAUCUCCCAGCGAGAUCUGUGCUUUACCACAAGGAGGCGAACGGAGUGACGUACAGAGUCCCAGCUUUGCUCUACCUGUCCCGCUCUAGAUCCUUUCUGGCCUUCUGUGAGGAGAGACUCAGCCCGUCCGACUCUCAGGCUCACCUGCUGGUCGUGAGGAAAGGCACUUUCUACAGGAACUAUGUGGAGUGGGAGGACAUCCGUGUUCUGGGCACUGCUUUCCUGCCUGGCCACCGAUCCAUGAACCCGUGCCCGGUCUAUGAUGAGUUCACAGGUACUCUCUUUCUGUUCUUCAUCGCUGUUCUGGGUCACACCUCGGAGUCCUACCAGCUGGUGACAGGGAAGAACGUGACCCGACUGUGCUACGUCUCCAGCACUGAUGAUGGCGACACCUGGAGUCCAGUCACUGACCUCACCAAGAGGGUCAUAGGAGACACUAUUAAAGAAUGGGCCACAUUCGCUCUCGGCCCGGGCCACGGCAUUCAGCUGAAGUCAGGCCGUCUACUCAUUCCUGCCUAUGCCUACCACAUCGAAUGCAAAGAGUGCUUCGGGCAGCUCUGCCAGACCGCUUCCCACUCCUUCUGUUUUCACAGCGACACCCACGGGAGAACCUGGCGCUUUGGAGAGGCAGUACCAGGGCCAGAGAGCGUGGAGUGUCAGAUGGUGUCUGUGGAUGAAGAGGAUGGGACUAAUGUGCUGUACUGUAACGCUCGCAGCCCUCUCGGCUACAGAGUGCAGGCCCUCAGUCUGGAUGACGGAGCCGUGUUUCAGGAGGGGCAGCUGGUGCAGCGGUUGGUGGAGCCUCGAAAUGGUUGUCAUGGGAGCAUUAUUGGAUUUCCUGCUCCGUUAAAUCGAUGUCAUAGUCUUAACAAUCACUUACAGCAACCUGCACGCCUGUCCAGACAUUGGACAUCCUGCAUUCCAGAGUCCAAUCAUACCAAGUUGAGCACCAGCUCUGUAUCCUCUUCAGUGUCAGCAAACAACUCCAGCAACAUCGCUUGUGUUCCCACUAGCUCCUUGCCACCUCCUCAUAAAGCCCCUCCAGAUUUCCUUACACCCACCUGGGUAGUAUACUCCCACCCAACAUGGACCACAGCACGGAAAGACCUGGGCUUGUUCCUCAGCCUUUUCCCUCGUGAUCCAGACAGCUGGCGUGGCCCCUGGGUGAUCUACGAGGGCCCGAGUGCCUACUCUGACCUGGCCUACGUAGAGCUGUCAACCUCACCUGGAGCCCCAGCUGCUGUGGCCUUUGCCUGCCUGUUUGAGUGCGGUACCAAAACAGCCUACGAUGAAAUCUGCUUCAGCAUCUUCACCCUCUACGAGCUCAUUGAUAAUCUGCCCCGGGACUUACAGCUGGGAACAAACAACGAGGGAUACAAAAGACAGAAGAGGAGCCGUGGGAGGAAUUUCAAACAUGAUGCUCAAAGGGCACCAGUUUCCCAACAGGUGUCCCCUGUGAAGAAGAGGAGAAAGAAAAGCAAGCUGGCUGAGAUGUGCUCUGUGUCUUAGUGUACAUUUUAAACUUGUAAUGCACAGAUAUUUGUUGUCCAGUAACUGUUUCCUAUAUCUGCUUCACUUUCUUAGUUACACCUGUGCAGAUGAAAAUGUUCCGCCCUAGGUUCAGCUUUCAUGAUAUUCCGUUUUGUCACAGAUACAGAGCUAUAACUUCAGAUCAUGUAUUCACACAUUUUCAAUAAUAUCAAGCAAAGCUAACAUACUGUGCUUGUAUGCCUCCAACAAAAUGUUCUUAAUAAUUUGUGAAUUAUAAGGUUACAGGUGUUUGAAAAAGAAAGUUUUUACAGUACUCUAUGCAGUCCCACAAUUCAGUAGCUUAUAGAUCCAACUUUAGCAGCAAUAACUUGAAGCAAUCAUUUUCUCUACCACCACAGCUUUUCAAUCUGGUUGAGGUCCGGUCUUUGACUGCAACACCUUGAUUAUUUUAUUUUUCAGCCUUUCUGUUGUAGAUUUGCUGCUGUGCUUGGGAUCAUUGUCCUGUUGCAUGAUCCAGUUUCACCCAAGCUUUAGCUGCUGGACAGGUGUCCUCACAUUUUACUCUAGAAUACUUUGGUAUAAAGAGGAUGGUCAACUCAAUGACUGCAAGAUACCCAGGUCCUGUGGCUGCAAAACAAGCCCAAAUCAUCACCGCUCCACCA